AUGGUCCAUAUAUCUUCCGAUCUUGGGCUUAAGCUCAGUGUGGGGACAUUCCUUUUAAGCUCGCUAUUCCUCACUACCUCCUACAAUACCACAUUUGCUUUUGAUCGUCCCGUUAGCACAUCCGUUUUAGUCUGCUUCCUUACGGGGUUGACAUUCUUAGUAUGGAGUCGCUUCGUUACGUUAAGCUCGUCGCCAUUGUCGCCGACAGUUAAACGGCCAAUAGUUCCUCUCGCAGACCAGUUUGAGCUUCCUUCCAGGGCAUCAACCUCAUCUUUCCCGCUGGGUGAUGUCGAGAAUCGCCCGCGCAUACGAUACCAAUCCUGGUGGAUCAAGAUCGGUCUCUUGCUGGGCCUAUGUGGCUUGCGAGUUGAAUCCUUCCGUCAAAUCACGCGAAACAUCGAAUGCGCGCCGGCCGGAUAUGCCUAUGCUAUUCCUUUCAUUAUUUCGCUCUACGACUACUGGCGUAAUCAGCGAUUGCGACAAGUAGAAAGAUAUGCCCCUACGCAACGAUUUGAAAUGCUGCCAUUACAGGUGGUCUACUCUAUCUCCCGUCGAAGCUUCCAUCAUCUUACGCAAAGCCGCUUUAGCGGUUUGAUUGCAGCCACAUUACUGUCUAUCGGAGGGCUUUUGGCUUCAUCAUACUCGGCUGGAAUCCGGUCAACUUAUAUCUGUCCUAUUGUGUUACAUGGCGCAUCGCGGCUCAGAUCAUAUAAGCUCUUCAACGUGUUUGCGGAUUCUGUUCUACUUAUUGGCAUCACCGAACUAUGUCGAAUCGGCACUCAAUUUGAUGAUGCACGGAGAAAACGCGCUUUGACAUUCCUUGGGGUUGGUCUAUUGGGUCUUUCAUUAGCCUGGAGUAUCAUACCAAGAUGGAUGCCGGAUAGCUCUCCUGAACUCGCCAGCCAGCCCGUGUUGGAUCUAGAAUAUUCGCGUGCUGCUUUCAGCCAAUCGGUGUUGGUGGUCAUCUUAGUCUUGUCUGCCUGGCAUAUGUUGCCACAUUUCGAUAUCCUGGGAGUCUCAAUCAUAGGGGGUUUCUUGAUUGUAUACUUCUCCUCUUUGUCGGCUCUUACCGGUGGACAAUUGCCCUUCCCAUUUAUCUCCUUGACGCAUGCUGUUCUCCCCUUGGCUGCUUCAUUGAUGGGAGCUUUACUAUUUCUGCUUGCGCGAGUAGUUCAUGACGAAGGACCGAGAUUGUACCGCACCAACAUCGCCGUACAAAUACUGUUCGCUGUUUUAUGUGGUAUUGGUCUCGUUUUUGCAGUUAGCAAGCAUCGCCUUGCUCACAUACACCCAAUCGAGUUCCUCAUCCAUGACGGCAGGAUUCAGCAUGACAGAUACCUCGCUCAAGCGUCUACUAGCAAGACACUUGAAGGUGCAGUUUCUGAAUAUCAGAGACGAUAUGGCCAGCAUCCACCCCCAGGAUUUGAUCAAUGGUAUCAAUAUGCCACUAGCCGAUCGUCGGCUAUCAUAGAUGAUUUCGAUCAAAUACACCACGAUCUACUUCCCUUCCGCGCCCUGGCUCCGGAACACAUACGGGCAAUGACGCAUGAACUGGCAACCAAUCCAUUCAAUGAUCUCGGCGGAAUUAUAAUUCGCAAUGGCACGACCAAAGUGCAAGAAGGCAUUAAACCAACCCAUGCAUGGAUGGUGGAGGGUGCCGCAGAGAUGAUUGACAAUUUCGUUCAAUAUCUGCCGGACAUGGAUCUGGUGUUCAAUCUGAAUGAUGAACCGCGCGUCGCAGUCCCCUGGGAGAAAGUUUCAAUGCUGAAGCGACAAGCUGAGAUGCAAGAAAUGAUCCCCAACGAGCAUACCGUGCCGACUUGGACGGUCAACCGAGAGGAUAGCUGGGCACCGAUCGAACCCGCCCACCAGACCAACAUAACUGUGUUCACAGACAGAUCGUGGAGGGGUGUCUUCGACCCCUAUGUGAGCGCAGUUUGCCCGCCCUCAUCCAAAGCGCGGACUCAACGAAUUUGGAAUCGCCGUGACCUCUGCUUGUCAUGUGUAGAUCCCCAUUCCAUGGGCCAAUUCCCGCUGAACUUCAACAUCGCCUCCGAAAUCUGUCACCAACCCGACCUCGCUUUCCUCCACGGUCUCCUCAUCUCCCCGGCCUCGUUCAAAGUCUCACAGGAACUCAUCCCAGUAUUCAGCCAAAGUGCUCUCACUGGAUUCAACGAUAUCCUCUUCCCAAGUCCCUGGAACUACAUCGAUAAGGUAAAAUACAACCCCACAGAGGAGCACCCAGACCCCGAAUACGGACACAAAGAAAACUCCUUGUACUGGGUCGGCAGCACCUCCGAAGGCUUCAGUCGCUUCGGCGAAUGGAAAGGCAUGCCACGACAGCGUUUCGCUCACCUAAUCAACAACAACACCGAAAACCAAGUCUCCGUCCUCCUCCCAGCCGGUCCAAACUCCUUCCGCUACGAAAUCAUGGACGGCAACGCCCCAACCUCUGACCUCCACCUCCAAACCUCCGUCCAUCUCGCCGACCCGAUCGCCCGCUGCAGCGACUGCGGCGAACAAGCCGCCGAGAUGGGCACAGUAGGCUGGGUCGACUUCCAAGCACACUGGGCACACCGCUUCCUCUUCGACCUCGACGGCGCCGGCUUCAGCGGCCGCUUCCUGCCCUUCCUGCACAGCCACAGUCUGCCCUUCAAGACCGGCUUGUUCCGGCAGUGGUUCGACUCGCGCGUCACCUCCUGGCUGCACUUCGUCCCUGUUGAUAUUCGUCUCCAUGGUCUGUGGAGUACGCUUGCUUACUUUGCAGGUGUGCCUGCUCCCAUGUCUGAUGUGAAUGGUCCCGUUGCUCCGCAAAUGCGCAUGAAGUCGCAUGAUCAGCAGGGGAAGUGGAUUGCAGAGGAAGGGCGGAAGUGGGCUCACACGGCGCUGAGGAAGAAAGAUAUGGAGAUUUACUUCUUUCGGUUGCUGCUGGAGUGGGGGCGAUUGACGGAUGAUCAGCGUGAUGUGCUGGGGUUUAGGCUUUGA